GGAGUGGAAGCGUCCAUCCUUUUCGUCUACGACAGAAAAACCUAUAAACUUAGAUUUCUUAUUCACAUCCAUAUUCGUUGAAUUUUAUAUCAUACGAUCAUAGUUUCUAUCACUUUGUAUAAACUUUUUCCGUAAUUUUCUGAAAUUUACCUUGAAUAUGGAUUGUGAACUAAAGAAAGAUUCUCACGACGGAAUUGUCGUUAAAGGCGGAAGCGACGGCGUUUUUGUCUCACAUGCCUACAGGAAUAAGCUCAUUAUCGAUACCGAUCCCGGGAUUGAUGAUAGCAUGGCGAUCUUAAUGGCAUUCCAGAAUCCAGAAUAUGAGAUCCUAGGUUUGACGACUGUUUUUGGCAACCUCCAUACCAAAGAUGCGACUAGUAACGCCUUACUUCUUUGUGAAAUCGCAGGGUGUCCUGGUGUUCCCGUAGCAGAAGGCAGCCCCGAGCCUCUUAAGGGUGGGAGGCCUUGUGUCGCUGACUUUAUUCAUGGCUCAGAUGGACUUGGGAAUAUGUAUCUACCUCAGCCGAAAACUAAGAAAUCCGAUAAGUCCGCCUCUGAAUUUUUAGUUGAAAAGGUGUCUGAAUAUCCUGGUGAGGUAUCUGUGCUUGCACUUGGACCACUGACCAACUUGUCACUGGCAAUCAAAAGGGACUCUUCCUUUGUUAGCAAGGUGAAAAAUAUUGUUGUACUUGGUGGCUCAUUCUUUGCAUUAGGAAAUGAGAAUCCUGCUGCUGAGGCAAAUAUUUAUGGAGACCCCGAAGCAGCUGAUAUCGUGUUUACAUCGGGAGCAAAUAUUGUCAUCGUCGGGAUAAACAUUACUACCCAAGUCCAAAUGACAGACGAUGACAUCAUCGAACUGAAGCAAUCAAAGGGGAAGCAUGCUCAGCUGCUAAGUGAGAUGUGCGAAUUCUACCGGAAUUGGCAUGUGAAAUCCGAGGGUGUACAUGGGAUAUUCCUCCACGACCCUGUUAGUUUCGUGGCUCUGGUUCGGCCGGAUCUCUUCACGUACAAGAACGGAGUCGUGAGGGUCGAGACAGAGGGCAUAUGCAGGGGGCAUACAUUGUUGGAUCAAGGAUUGAAAAAAUGGAACGGAAGCAAUCCAUGGACCGGCUAUUCCCCAGUUUCCGUUGCAUGGACAGUGAAUGUUGAUGAAGUCCUUAAUUACAUCAAACAAGAGUUGAUGAAACCGUGAAAAAUGUUGGAAUUACCACUCGAGGAGAUGUCCCGAAGAUUAGAUCACCUUUUAAUUUGAUUUCUGCUAAAAGGUCUCUUCUAGUUUAUUCCCUAAUCAUUGUUAUCAUAUUGGCGAGUCCUUUUGUUAUUUGUGAAAGAAAGAGGGGGAAUUCAUCAUCAA